GGGGGCAGCUGCUGGCGCCGUCCCGGGACAACGCGGCGGCCGUGGCGCUGACGGCCGCGCUGGUCUGGGCCGGCGCAGCUCUGCUGCUGCAGCUGGUACUCAUCUCCGCCUCCAUCUUCGCCGCCGCCCUCAAGUACUCCUUCGUCGCCGCGCUCCUGCUCUUCGUCCUCAUCGCGCUCCUGUGAGUGGCGCGUGCUCCCUCCUUCUCAUCCGUCCGCGACUCCACCCCUGCACGCGCUUUGCAGAACAUUUCCUAAUUAUUUUAGCUGGAAACAUUUCCUAGUUUUAUUACUUGUGUGUGCUUAGCCCGCCGGACUAAACUGCGUCAAAAUUCCAUUCGCCGCUGUGGCAUCUUGUGUCAUGUGCAACUUGCAAUGAAAUAUAUGUAUAUGUAUACUCAGCAAGGAAUAAGGACUUGUUUUGAAAUGUGAA